CACUAUGUAAAAAUCCUUCUGAUGAUGCAUUUUCAAAAUUAUACAAACAUGAUCCUGAAUAUCUUAUCAACAAACGCUAUUUUAGAAUCGAACCAGCAGCAACAGCAUUUACUCUUGAUGUUGAACCAAUAAGUUAUCCUGAUAAAUGUGAAUUAAAACAAUUGCAUUUACUUACUAGACAUGGAUCAAGGUUGCCAGAGGCAGGUGAAGUUUUAAAGUAUGAUCAGUUGCAACAAGUAUUUGCAAAUGUUUCUGUUGCAAAAGAAUGGUAUAAAAAUCCUUUUACCUUGGAAAGAAAUUUUCAAUUGGUUCACCGUGGAGAAGUGGAACCAUAUUAUGAUGGGAAACAAUGUGCUUUAAGAUACGAUAAAUUUUGGAAUACCGUUAAAGAAGAAACUGGUAGAUUUGAUCCUGAAGUUGUACAUUUUCAGGGUUGCUCUUUUUCAAGGUGUGGUGAGUCAGCAAUGGCUUUUUCUGAAGGAUUAUUUGAUGGUUAUGGCAAAGUGGGUCCCUGUAAAAAUCAGCCAGUAUACAUUACAUCUACACCAGUGAGACAAGAUUAUGUUUUAGAACCAUAUCAAGAUUGUCUACUUUUAAACACCACUGUUUUCAGUAAUAAUCCAAGAUAUAACGAACAAAUUUAUGCAUAUGGUAAUACGACCUUAACAUCAAUUGCUAAGCUUCUAACUUUUAAUCGAACUGACACUUGGUGCUCAUUACUAAGUGAACUUGAUAUUAAAAAAUUACGUUAUUAUUGGGAUAUGAGCGAUUAUUAUCUUUAUGAAUAUGGUAGUUCUCUUAAUGAACAGACCGGCUGUGCCUAUGUUACUCAACUUGUAAAUGGUGUUGAAAAUUACUUGAAUGGAAGUUCUGUAAUGAAAGCUGAUCUGAAAAAUGGCCAUUCACACGGCAUGCUUAUGGUACUUACUACGUUGGGUGUACAUAGAAAUCCAACACUCACUGCGAAUUUUACCCUUGAACAAAUUGAACAGAUUAAAUAUUCGGAGGCUAAAACUAUAUUUUGGUCAUCUACAAUUUAUUUCGAAAUUUAUACUUGUUCAGACAAGUCAAACAGUACAUUAAUACGAUUGGUACUUAACUUUGAACCACUUUUAAUUCCGGGUUGUGAAGGUGAAUAUUGUGAGUGGUCUACAUUUAAAAAG